CUUCGUGUCGGGGCGGCGCAAACGCGCUCGCGACUCCUCUGUGCCUUGCCGGCUUCUCUGCCGCCGCGGCUGCUUCUACCUCAGCGUGGAACGGUCCGUGCCUCCCGCUCGCUUGCCCUGGCAGGCCCGGCGGUAGCAGGAAACUGAGGAAAAGGAAGGGGCCGGAGAACGAAAAAGGCGCGGCGGCAGCCAGAGCCGCUGCUUCUUCAUAACAGCCGAGGACGGAAGAGGCGGCGGCGGCGGGCCCUCUCAUCACCCGGGAGGAGGGGGGGCACGCUGGAGGGCCUGGCUCGCCUCGUCUUCUGCUCGGUCCGCUGUACGGGGAAGAGAGGAGAUGCCCGUGAAAAAAAAGCGCAAAUCUUCGGGGCAGGCGAGCGACGAAUCGGGCCUCAAGAAAUGUAAAAUCAGCAGUUAUUGCAGGUCACCAGCUUCCAAUAAAGUAAUAAGUGGUGAGGAGCAUUUUUCAAGCAAGAAGUGCCUGGCUUGGUUUUAUGAAUAUGCAGGUGAUGAUGAAGUUGUAGGACCUGAAGGAAUGGAAAAAUUCUGUGAAGAUAUUGGUGUUGAACCUGAAAACGUAAGCCACAAAAUGAUUAUUAUGCUAGUUUUAGCCUGGAAAUUAGAGGCUGAAAGCAUGGGAUUUUUUACAAAAGAAGAGUGGCUAAAAGGGAUGACUUCAUUACAAUGUGACUGUACAGAAAAGCUGCAAAGUAAAUUUGAUUUUUUGCGAUCCCAAUUGAAUGACAUUUCAACAUUUAAGAAUAUCUACAGAUAUGCAUUUGACUUUGCAAGGGAUAAAGAUCAGCGAAGUCUUGAUAUUGACACAGCAAAAUCUAUGUUAGCACUUCUUCUUGGAAGGACAUGGCCACUGUUUUCAGUGUUUUACCAAUACUUGGAGUCAAAAUACAAAGUAAUUAACAAAGAUCAGUGGUACAAUGUGUUAGAAUUCAGUAGAACUGUCCAUGCAGAUCUUAGCAACUACGAUGAAGAUGGAGCAUGGCCUGUUCUUCUUGAUGAAUUUGUGGAAUGGCAAAAGGAUCGCCAAGCAUCAUAGCAAGAGCAGCUGUGAAGAGAACGCUGGAUCUUGUGAUGCCCAGUCUAUAAACACUGAUACAAAACCAAGGAUUGCGUUCACAUCCUUAUGAACUUUAGUCAUUUUUUUUUCCUUUUAUUUUUAAAGGAAGCCUUGUUACACAUGAAAAGGGCAUUGAACCACACACUUCUGAGACUGAAAAUUGGAGCUUUUUGUCUUAAGUUUCUAUCAUUUCAGAACAAUAAAGAUUCAGAUUUGUAACAGUCUUAAAACGUGAAGGAUAUGACUAUGGGUCCUAUACUCAAAACCAAAAAAAUGUUGAAUGCAUAAGAAAUGUCCAAUAUGAGUGACUGAAUUUCAGAUGUAUGUUACAAUUGUAGUAGAAUAAGAAUUUGGUAGAUUGGUUCUUGUGGAAUGAAUGCCUUUAGGAAGGGUUAUUAACCUUAACCCUUGGCUGGUGCUUUGCAAACACCUCUUAUCACUUGUGCCAUAACUGAACAUCUUUGUGGAGAUAAAAGCCUUUAUUAAUUUAUCAGCAAAUCCUACUACUUGUUUGUUUUGUUUUCUAGUGGAACAUUCAUAGUGGCCUGUUUUUGUUUUCUUAGAGGCACUAGGAAGAUGCCUUUGACAAAAGAACUGUAAAACUUGAAACAUCAUUUGUGUUUAUUAUAUAUAGGUCUACAUCUUAAAGAAUAGGAAAAUUAAGCUAAAUCUUCUGAUGUGCAUUAUGCUGAGAAUAAACUAUUAUGAUUCUCCUUCCUCUCCCAUCUCCAAAUGUGGAGAAUAUAUGUUUUUAUUAUCCUAUUUUCAGGUAUACGCACUCUAAAAUUAGGAAGAGUUGCAUUACUUUGUAUGAUAUAUAGCCAGCUACCAGCAACUGAUUUACACCCAAGGACUACUCGGAUAAAUAUGUUUAGCUAAAUAUAAAUGUUUACAAGACUUUGUUUUGUAAAACAAAUUAUAUGUAGAAGAACUGCUAGUAGGUAAUUGGAUGAACAGUCAGGAAAAAUCUAGAUCUUCUACAGAAUUGUGAGAUCACCUGCGUGAUACGAUACAGUCCUUAGAGUUUACCAUACUAGGUAAAACCAUGGUAAUAUUUAUCUCAGGAUAAUGAAAAUGUGUUGUGCACUGUAUAAUCAGAUUCAGGUAGAACAAGAUAAUCUCUUGUCUAUAUGGUGCAUUCUAACUAUUUUUAUUUUUAUUAUUGGUCACUAAUAGCCCUUAAAAAUCUUUCUGAUGCUGGGAGAUGUUAGACAGCAGGUGGAAUUGUGUGUUAGCUGCAGACUUUUUAUGAGCUGUCCAAGGAUGAUAUAACAUCAAUAAGUUUGCUGUUCUUUAGCUCUGCAAAAGAAAAAGGCAGUUUGAAGUUGCGGGAGGAAGUACAUCAAAUACCUCAGACUUGCUGAUCUGACUCAAUUGCUGCUCCUAAUAAGUAUCCCAUGAUACUUCAGAAAUUUAGGAAAUGUUUUCCAUAGCCCUAUAUGAACUUAUCUGCUCUAUCGGGCUUUUUUAUGGAUGUGCUGAAAUCCACUUCUGAUUGAUGCCAAACUAUUUUUUUUUUUAGGAAGUCGUAUUGUAGACUUAGACAUAAUUGUUGUGGGAGUCAGUUAAAUUGAAGUAGAUGAUGCUUCCAAUAUCUUUAUUUUCCAGGGUGCAGCAUUUCUAACUGAAGAACAUAACGCAAAGUAUUUCAUGUUUUCCAAAGUAAUGGAUUUCUAAGGGUUAGACACUAAAUACAUUAGUACAGCAAAAAACCCUCAAAUGAUCAGAUGAGUACUGCAGAGAUGAAGAUGGUUUUCAAAUGCCUUAAUAAGGCAGGUGAAGAGAUUAAUUGCCUGAUGUAUUUAAUAUUCACAACCUGAAUACUUGAUUUAAGCCUUACUGUGGAAUAGCUAUGGUUAGGAUGAGUUAUGUUCAACCAAUCUUUUCAAAAUGGACAAAUAUUUGGGCGGGGGGGUGCAGCCAGAUUUGGCACUGAUAUUGUUGUUUCCCCAAGUGAAAUAGUGCUUGUUUUCAUUCUCUGAUGUAGAUGGGGAAUAAAAAAAUAUGAAAUUCAA